AGAAGGCAACCGUCGACUCAGCCUACACAGGUGGAGAAUGGGUCACGACUAGGAGGAGUUUGCACAGAGUGGACAUUGUUUUAGAGGGCUGCGCAUUGAAUUAUGCUCUUCAUCCUGAUCUGAAGCUUGCAGGUUCAAUAUCGUUUUCUUUUCUCUCAUGGUCACUGCAGCCUUUAAUGACUACAAACAUCGUCAUGUUUAUCAGAGCAGCUUUUCUCCUCUGCUUUAUGGUUUCACUCUCAAAACUUAUCAGUUGCAUGGAAACGGAACUUUGCUUCCCCAUUCGAUUGGAUAACCACAAACACAGCAGGAGAGAUUUUGACAACGACGUGGAAAUCCUAAAUGGGAAAUGUGUCUUAAAAAUACGAGCUUUCCAGCAGGAAUUUGUGAUCGAAUUGCGCCAGGACUCGAAUUUCAUUGCGCCUUCCAUUUCCAACCAAGACGAAUUCUGGCUCUCCAACACCGAUGUCACCGGUGACCUGAGAUGGUGUUUUUACUCCGGGUACGUGCACGCUGACCCACAUUCUUAUGCUGCUCUGAGCCUCUGUAAGGGUUUACACGGUGCGUUUGGCUUUCAAGGCUGGGAAUAUUUUAUCAGCCCGGUGCAAAAUGACACCGCAACGGCGGAAGGUGCGCACAUUAUCCGGCGCAGAGCCAGCGACAACCUGAAGCUCAAUUCAACCUCUAGGUGCGCAGUGGACGCCGACAUAAGUCUCCAGGUUGCGCAAUCGUUGGAGAAAUACAAGCGUUUACAAGAUGACAACAAUGUGACCGAAACGUUGCUGAAGAAGAUGGGGAGAGCGAAAAGGUUCGCUUCAAUCCCCAGGUACGUGGAGACGCUCGUGGUGGCGGACGAGUCCAUGGUGCAGUUCCACGGAGCGGACUUAAAUCACUACCUCUUGACACUGAUGUCAGUGGCGGCGAAGCUCUACAAACACCCCAGUAUUCUCAACUCUAUCAACAUUGUGGUUGUGAAGAUCGUGGUUAUAUCCGAGGAGGACAAAGGGCUCAAGGUGUCCGGAAACGCAGCCUUGACCCUGCGAAACUUUUGCACCUGGCAAAAAAAGAUGAACAAAAACAACGACAAGCAGCGUGACUACUGGGACACGGCAAUCCUCUUCACCAGACAGGACCUGUGUGGAGCUUCCACCUGUGACACUCUUGGCAUGGCAGAUGUUGGCACCAUGUGCGACCCCAAGAGGAGCUGCUCUGUGAUCGAAGACGACGGCCUUCCCUCAGCCUUCACCACUGCCCAUGAACUCGGACACGUGUUCAACAUGCCACACGACAAUGUGAGGGCGUGUGAGGACGUGUUUGGGAAGCUACAAGACAACCACAUGAUGUCUCCCACUCUCAUUCAGAUCAACCGCACCAGCCCAUGGUCCCUCUGCAGUGCGGCCAUCGUCACUGAAUUCCUGGACAGCGGGCAUGGGGAAUGUCUGCUCGACCACCCUCAGAAACCGUUGUUCCUCCCUGACGAGAUGCCGGGAACGUCCUACAUCCUCGACCGUCAGUGUGAGCUGGCGUUCGGCGAAGGCUCCAAGCCCUGUCCCUUCAUGCAGCCACCGUGUGGCCGUCUGUGGUGCACAGGAAAAUCCAACGGCAAUUUGGUGUGCAUGACUCGUCACUUCCCCUGGGCAGACGGGACACACUGUGGGGACAAUCAGGUCUGCAACCAAGGGGUCUGUUCCAACAAACAGGUCCGACAUGUGAAGGUGGACGGCCGGUGGGGGAGGUGGGGUCCGUUCGGUUCCUGCUCACGCACAUGUGGGGGCGGCGUCCAACUCUCUAAAAGAGAGUGUAGCAACCCAGUUCCGUCAAAUGGGGGUAAAUACUGCCAAGGGGUGAGGGUCAAAUACCGCUCCUGCAGUCCCAACCAGUGCACUGAAACAGGUAAGACUUUUCGCGAGGAGCAGUGUGCCAGCACUGGACGGAGUUUCAAUAGUAACCGCAUCGACCCCUCCGUGGUCUGGGUACCCAAGUACUCUGGAGUGUCCACCCAUGACAGAUGUAAACUCAUCUGCAGAGCUAACGGCACUGGCUACUUCUACGUCCUGGCACCCAAGGUUGUGGAUGGGACUCCAUGCUCCCCUGACUCCACAGGAGUGUGUGUCCAAGGGAAGUGCAUCAAAGCUGGGUGUGAUGGAAAAAUUGGCUCCACCAAGAAGUUUGAUAAGUGUGGAAUCUGCGGAGGAGAUAGCAAGAGCUGCAAAAAGGUGUCGGGACUCUUUACAAAGCCUGAGCACGGCUACAACUUCGUGGUCAUGUUACCACUGGGCGCAGCCAACAUAGACAUCCGCCAGCGGGGCUACAAGGGAAUGAGGAGUGACGACAACUAUUUGGCGGUUAAAAACAGCGAGGGCCACUACCUGCUCAAUGGGAACUACGUUGUGUCAGCUGGAGAGAGGGACAUCUUUAUAAAGAAAAGUCUGCUGCGCUACAGCGGCACAGCCGGCCUCGCCGAGACCCUGCAGGCUGUCAAGCCCCUGGGAGAAUCCCUGACUGUAGAGGUUCUGUGUGCAGGCAAGAUGACGCCGCCUCGCAUCCGCUACUCCUUCUACCUCGCCCGUCAGGCCAAGGAGGACAAAUCUCAGAAGAAGGAGGUGCGUGUCAAUUCCCAUAACAGUGUUUUGUCUGAGGAUAGCGCCAUGGAGAAUGGGGUCGACACCCUGAAGAAGUCUUACAGCAAGGAGGACCUGGGUCUCGGGAAAUGGAUAUCCACAGGUUGGGAUCAGUGCUCAGUGAGCUGCGGCGUCGGGUUCCAGAGGAGGAUGGUGCAGUGUCUGAGUGCAGAUGAGAAGCCAUGGAUGGACUGUGAUCCUUCUCAAAGACCCCCAGCCACCAGGGUUUGCGGAGACCCCUGUCCGGAUUGGCAUAUUGGGCAGUGGUCACCUUGCUCCAGAACCUGUGGGAAGGGCUUCAAGAGACGACCGUUGGACUGCAAGACCCAAACUGGGCAUCUGCUCCCAAGGAACCACUGCGCAGGCUUACGCAAGCCACAGGAGCUGGACUUCUGUAACCGAAUGGCUUGCUAAUGACUAAAACGUACAAACUAGAAAUUGUUGGAAUGUUUUAAAAAUGGCUCGAUCAAAUCCAGCUGCCAGCAUCAUACAAACCGUACCUGUCGGGUGCACAUUUUUCCACCUGCAGGAGAGAGUAAGGAUAAAGGCUGAAAGAUUUUCUAUUUCACUGCCCUCCCUCUGGGUGCAAAGAACAUUGUCCAGGUCUACUUCUUAUGCUGAAAUACCAUGAUAGAAAGGUCAAAUUAAGUAUAGUGGAAUCCUUUGUACUGCAAGCAGAUACAGAAUUCCCAUUUGCAAGCAGUCAACUGAAUAUACCUUAUGAGUAUCCAUUUUAUUUCAUGUUUUAACUGUUCAGAUAUCAAACGUUUUAGUUGAGUCUUUCAAAAAGAUAAAUUAUUCCUUCUGGUUUUCCAAACAGUUACUCCAAUAUACUCAGAUUUACCUCCAUAACUUCUUCCAACUGGAGUAAUAUGUAAUGCUAGCAUGAUUAACAGUGCAAUCUUCAUCUGCCAUUAUAGGUGUUUCUCUCUGUUUAGAAAGUUUCUAAAAAUUAAUUUCUAAAAAUUAAUUGAGAAAAGAAACAGAUCCCCUAAUUUCCCUUACUUUCUGUUCUGCUUUUGCUGUCUUUAUAAAAAGCAUUACUCAUUUAAAACUGGGAAGCUGAUAACAUUUUCUGCACACCUCAAUCAGCUGCAAUCAUGGAAACAGUUUGAACUACAAACUGAAGUCACAUUGAUGGUUUUCAUAACAGAUCGGACAAAACAAAGCAGGACAGGAGACAAUGAGCAGUGAGGGAUUGCAUCAGGCUGCACUCAACAUAACGCUGCUUAUUGGAAAUAAGGGCUAUAAUAUAGGGCUUAUCUUGUCUCACUGAUAUAGCCAAAGACCCGCCCCCUGUGCUCAGCGUGUUUGACUGCUUCCUUCAUUCAUCAUUCAACCACAACAGUUGUCUUCUCAGUUCAUACUGUUCAGCCAUACCGAGUCACGCUUGUCUGGCACGGUUACCACUGUAAUUUAUUAUCAAUGAGCUGAUAAAGCGGAGAGGGGAAGAAAAACUGGCAAGCCCUGGGUUUUGCUGUACAGAAUUCGUGUUUUCAUGGGUCGCCCUGUUCAUGUCCCCGAAGCCGGAGCCGAGAUGUUCUUUCUACAGACUUGCUUAAAUCCUGUAAUCCAUUAUAUUCUUGUUUUGUUCCUUUAUGGGGCCACAAUGUCCUGUCCACCCUCCAACUAAGGGAUGGAUCCUGCAUUAGUUGAAUUAUCAUUUUUAUUUUGUAUCAGCUUUUGCAUGUUGUACAGUAAAAUCAAACCAUGACCCGUGGGCUGUAUUGUAUACUAUGUAUAUAUUUAUUCAGCUCUGUGCAAAAAAAAUGUAAAUACUUUUAAAAUACUUUUUUUACACAGGCAUUUGUAAUUGUCUUUGACUUCAGUGUAUUUAUUCCAAAAUAAAGCCA